AUGGCCCGAAUCUUCACCUCUCUUCUCGUCGUCACUGCUGCGAUCGCCGGGUUAAUGCUACCCGAUAGCGUGGACGCUCACGGCGGACAGUCCGUACAUGCUCGCACGCCCGAGCGUCUGGCACAGCGUCGUCUCUUCAUGUCCGAAAGCAAACGAUCGCUCAAGGACUGUGCCAACUCCGAGGCUUCGCGCAGACUGCAAGAACGCGCCGUCGCCCGUCGUGCGGCCAAGGCCGACAGCCUCCGCGCCGAACGCCGCCAGCGCCGUCGCCUCGAUCUCGACACCGUGCUGGCCACCAACCACAAGUCCAACCUCACCGGCCUCACCAACGAGACGAACCCCAGCGAGCUCUUCGGAGACGACGUCAAGUGUAUCCUCGAGCCUGAGGUCACGCAGGGCCCGUACUACGUCAACGGCGAGUUGAUCCGCUCCGACAUCCGUGAGGACCAGGAGGGCGUCGACCUGUACGCGGAAGUCCAGAUCAUCGACGUCAACACGUGCGAACCCGUGCAGGGUCUGUACCUCGACUUCUGGCACUGCAACACCACGGGUGUGUACUCAGGCAUCGUGGCCAGCGGUAACGGCGACAGUUCCGAUACCACCAACGUUGACAAAACGUUCCUACGUGGACUCACUCCCACUGACGAGGACGGUGUGGCGUCCUACACGUCCAUCUUCCCGGGUCACUACACGUCCCGCGCCACGCACAUCCACAUCCUCGGCACGUACAACGGCACUCUGCUCGAGAACAACACGUACUCGGGUGGCUACGCGUCGCACGUGGGCCAGCUCUUCUUCGACCAGGACCUCAUCAGUGAGACCAUCACGGCGGCGGGUACGCUGACGGCGGACGGCGGUGUCAUGGCGGACUCGACGAGCACGACCACCGGGGGUAAUGGAGGAGGGAUGGCCCCUGGUUCCGGUAUGGGAGGCUUCGAUGGGUCUGUCGGUGGACCUAGUGAUGUGUCGAUGGGCUCCGUGUAG